AUGUUGACUUUAUCAAAAGUUUUUGGUGAGCAAAAUGAGUUGGUUCCAUUUAUUGCCAGCUAUAAAAAUGAACUGGAAACUGUUAAAGUAUUGCACACACUGCCUGCAGCCAAGCAGCAACGUUUCAAUGAGUUAACCCACGAAUUGCUGGACUCUUUAGACGAUGUCCACGAUUUAAAGGCCUGUGCCGAACGCUCGCGUUCUAACCGAGAGCAUGGAAAUGCAGUGUAUACAAAGAGAUCCAAGACAAAUGAGAGCGAUCGAAGAGAAUCUUUACUUCUUGCCUGUCACUUAUAUACACAGGCCAUUCUGCAGGCAGAGAAUGUCCACGAGGAGCUCUGUUUGGGCUAUGCGAAUCGAGGCAUGGCCCUGCAGGAGUUCGGCUUAUAUAAGGAAGCCUACGACGACUGUGAGUGUGCACUUGAGUAUGGCUAUCCCCAGAAGCUACAGCAUAAGCUAAUAAUGCGACAGGCCCACUGUGCCUGGCAGCUGGGCGAUGUUCAUAAAUUGAGCGAGCAUCUAUCGUGGUUGGAGCAACAACAGUUAAAUGCAGGCUAUGUAAACCAAUUGGAACAGUUGCAGCAGCAGCUGACAAAGCUACAAGAACAGCAGAGCUCUGAGCCGAAAGAGGAGCUGGCGAGUGAGCAGGUUCCGUCGUUAUCGGCCCAUUCCGGCAUAAAGGGACGCCACAUGGUGGCCACGCAGUCCAUCCAAUCAGGUGACAUCAUAUUCAAGGAGCAAACGGCGUGUUUUGUGCCUCUCGAGCCGGGUUUGAUCUGCCAGCAGUGCGCUGCAAGCGUGCUUUAUGCGCCCAUACCCUGUUCCCAAUGCCAUCAGCGAGUGGUCUACUGCUCGCGUCGCUGUCGCCAACUAAACGAGCAGAUCCACAGCUACGAAUGUGCUGGCUAUAAAAAAAAUCUGUUUACCCUGUUGGGCGUCUCGCACUUAGCUCUCCGAAUGGUGCUGUGCUACGUGCAAGAAUGGCAGACUGAGCUGGUCAGAGGCUCAAGUGUUCAAGAGAAAUGGAAAAUGCUAAUGGACAAGGCUAGGAAAUGUUAUGAUUGGUCAAGUGCUUCGCAGGGUUUGCUAAGCUUAUGCAUGAUGAGCCAUCUGGAUAAAGCAGCUUCCGAGGAGCUCAUAUACUACGCGCUCUGCGCUAAUCUCUUGCAAGUUUAUCUACACAAAUGCACCAAUUUCUAUGAGCAGUUAGGAGUCGAUGCUCGCGAGGAUUGGGACUUAUUGAUAGCUGCCUUAAUUCUACGCUGUGCCGGCCAGCUGCUCUGCAAUGGCCAUGUUGGCGACACCAUUUUACUACGCUCCCAGUGUCACAUGAUGGAAUCGAAGCUCUGGCGGGCACCUUUCCGUUUACAUUUAGGCCAGAUGCAUAAAUUUGAUAGCGUUGCUCUGACAACGGCGCUCAAUUUACCAUAUUUGGCUCUCUGCAAUCAUGCUUGUGCCCCUUCAAUUCGUCUCCACUGCGAUGGUCGCGCGGUCAGCUGCCUGGCAGCCAAACAAAUUGAGGCGGAUGAGGAGAUCUUCAAUUGCUAUACCUUGGACUAUAGAAAUUCCAGUUGCGCCAUGCGCCAGGCCCAACUGCAGCAGACUUUUAAAUUCCGUUGCAAAUGCAUCAAUUGUACCGGCAGCAAACCUGAUGAGAUUUUUUUGUCCUUCAAUCGCUAUCGCUGCGAGUUCUGUGCCCACAUCUUUGUACCUUCCAAGCAGGAGGAAUUCAAAUGGUGGGAGUCCGAGUCUAACUUGGCUAUUAAGUGCUCCAAGUGCCAGGCGACACAGUUGUUCAACUGGUAUGGUAUAUUGCGGAACACUCUCGAGUUUUGUUCUGAACAACAACAGCGUCGCAAGGCGUAUAAAGCAUUUGAAGAACUCGACACUUGGCUGCUGGAUUAUCAUAGCUUAAAACUGCACUUGGCCCAGCAGCUGAUUGCGGCCUGUCUAACAGCCAAAGCAGAUGGCGCCACCUUCGAUGACAUCGACUACAAGCAAUUGUCACGCAUUUUGGAUCACCUGCUGGCGGGCGUAGCCGCACAGCAUGGCGCUGACUCCAUGACCUACAUUAGCCAUUUAACCUACCUAAUGGACUUAGCAGCCUUUGGCAAAUACAAAUGCAGCAGCGAGCAGCUCAGGGCUGUGCGCACUGCCAUCAAUUAUUUACCAACGGAUACGAAGAGGAUUUUUGUCAACUAUUACAACGAUUUUAUUGAGCAGCGCAGUGCAGCUAAUGGUAAUGCUAAUGCUAAUGCUAACGCUUAACAACAGUAAUAAAUUCUCUAAGAACAACAACAAUAACAAA